UUGCUGGGGUGUGCGGUCGAGUCAGUUUGUGCAUCUCUCUGGAGUGAGGGAGGAAACAGUGAAGGAAAGUGACAGAUUAGUUUGGACCUUUUCUGUUCUGGUGAAGAGAUGUCUAGGUACCACAAAGCAGCUAUUGAUGGAUACUUGGACCUCUUAAAAGAGGCCACGAGGAAAGACCUGAACACUGCAGAUGAAGAUGGCAUGACUCCCACCUUACUGGCUGCUUUCCACGGACAUGUCGAUGCGCUUCAGCUCAUAUGCAGCAGAGAGGGAGACCCCAACCGGAGUGACAUCUGGGGAAACACGCCGUUGCACCACGCUGCAGCUAACGGCCACAUGCACAUCCUCAGCUUCUUGGUCAACUUUGGCGCCAACCUCUUUGCUCUGGACAAUGAAUCCCACACAGCCAUGGACGUUGCCGCCUCUCGUGACCGCAUGGACUGCGUGCGCUUCCUGGACACGGCCUCCUCACAGCAGACCAACCAAAACCCCAAGAAGGUCGCCAAUCUAAAGAAGGAGGCCAUCAAGGAAGCGGAGAAGCGCGCAAAGCUCUGUGAGAAGGUGAAGAAGAGACACCAGAGCAAGAUGGAUAAAAUGCAACGAGGAGCGGGCAAUACCGGGUCCGUCUCAGAGGCCAGCAUGGCAUCAGCAUUCUCAGACGGUGGUACCAUGUCCGGCAUCAAUGAGCAGUUCUCCAAACUUAUUGCUGCUGAUAAAUCUGGAUCCCUCACAGCAAGGGUCAAAGGCACGCUCCAGAAGAAGCUUGGGAAGAAAGAAAAAGGCACACUGCAGAGGUCGGGAGGGGACGGGAACGUUAUUUUCCUCAAACAGGAGAGUGGAGCAUCCGAGCAGCCAGAGUUCCUGGAUGUCUUCAAUGAGCAGGACGAGAGCAUGUUAGACGAAGAAGGAAGGGCAGGCUACGAAGAUUACGACGAUGACGAGCCAGGCCAAGUCAAACAGUCCAUCUUCAAUCGGCCCGGCCUUGGAGGUCUGAUUUUCAUGAAGAAAAUGGGGCUGGAGUCAGAGGACAUCCCGAGCGGGAACAACGAAAGUCUUGGCUACCUCGUUCAGAAUGAGAUGCUUGAUACAGAGGAAUAUGGCGCCGGCUUCGAGGGGAACGGUGAUGCUGAUCUGCCCUGGGAUCAGGAAGAUCUGGGACUGGAUGAUGAUGAAGAUGAGGAGACCUCUCCUUUGGAUGCAUUCAUGUCCUCCAUCUCCUUGCCGGAGUUUGCCCUUGCAUUCAGCAGAGAACACCUUGACCUGGAGGCACUGAUGCUUUGCACCGAUGAAGACCUGAAAGGCAUCCGCAUCCAGCUGGGGCCCAGGAAGAAGAUCCUGGAAGCUGUUGCUCGAAGAAAGAACACAUUGGAGACUCCUGGCAUCAUGAAGGACAGCUGCUUGUGAUUUUAAAAACAUUACGUGUGAUUUAUAAUCCAGUUUAAAGCUUAAAAUGAGUCUGUACUUUUUGUAAAUAGAGCCAAAAGCUUGAUUUUCUGUAUUUAACAAAGAUGAUUCAACUGUUUCUUUAAACAACUAUUUCUACAGCGUAAAGUUUCAAAUAACAUUUAGCCAUACUCUAUUUAUAGAGCAUUACCCAUGUUAAAACCAAUUUACAAACAGCAUGACCUCAAGCAACUUGAUCUUAAAUCCACAAUAUCGCUGUAUAGACAAAAAUGUUUUGGUACAGAAUUCGUGACCGUUUCUCACCAUAAAUGAGAUAACAGUGUCAGUGGCUGAUUUUUAAUAAUUACUUCGACAUUUGGCAAGAUAAUGUCAAAUAAAUGAAAGAUUAAAGAAAUGUUGUCUCCAAGUUAAUAAAAUGUGUC